UUAAAAGCAUAAAAUAUAGAAAAGUAGAAAUCAUUUCAUCGAUUUCCACUGCGUUGGAUUUUUAUUGUGCAUUUAAUUUAUAUUUAAGUAUUUUGAACACCAAAUAAUUAAUAAGUAUAAAGUAUCGUUUGCACAUUGAACGAGUGUGAGUCUGAAAAAAUGCCUAAAUACACAAUCAAAGUGAAAUGGGGUAAAGUAAUUUUUCCUAAUGUGGAAGUUAGCACAGACGAUGAAGUAAUGCUGUUCAAAGCACAGCUCUUUACACUGACCGGAAUUCCACCAGAGAGACAAAAAGUUAUGCUAAAGGGCAUUACGUUAAAAGAUGAUUGGAGAAAUAUUAAAAUAAAUAAUGGACUUACUGUACUAAUGAUGGGAUCUAAAGAGGAAGAUAUACCCAACGAACCUGCUGAAAAGCCAAUAUUUUUAGAAGACAUGAGUGAAUAUGAAUUAUCGUCUGUGUUAGACUUGCCAGCCGGCUUGACUAAUCUUGGUAAUACUUGUUAUUUAAAUGCUACGGUUCAGUGUUUAAAAACAGUACCCGAAUUGCGAGAAGCACUCAAAAGUUUUUCCGGUGGUCUUACCAACGAUAGUUUGCAAUUUGUACCCUCACAAAGUAUAACGGCUGCCUUAAGGGAUUUGUACGAAGGAAUGGACAAAGGAUCCUCUUUACCACCAGUUGUUUUAGUUCAAAUGAUGCAUUCUGCCUUUCCUAGAUUCGCAGAAAAAUCUAAAAUGGGCGGCUUCCAACAGCAAGAUGCUAAUGAAUGUUGGACAGAACUUGUUAGAAUGUUACAACAAAAAUUACCCGCUAAGGAAAACUCUGCUAUAACAAGUGACACUGCUACUUAUAAACCAAGAUCUCUGAUUGAACAAUAUUUUGGUGGUACUUUCGAUACAGAACUGAAAUGCACCGAAUCGCAAGAUGAAACACCAACUACCGGAAAAGAAGAAUUUUUACAAUUAAGUUGUUUCAUAUCGACGGAAAUCAAAUACAUGUUUGAUGGACUUAAAAAUAAGAUGGAAGAACAAAUUACAAAACUGUCUCCAACGCUUGAAAGGGAUGCCAUUUAUACGAAAACGUCAAGAAUUAGUCGAUUACCAGCAUAUUUAACCAUUCAAUUCGUUCGUUUCUUCUUUAAAGAGAAAGAGGCUAUUAAUGCAAAGAUUUUGAAAGACGUAAAAUUUACGUUAAAUUUUGAUGCAUUCGACUUAUGUACGAAAGAAUUACAGACUAAGUUAACCCCGAUGCGUGAAAAAUUCCAGCAACUCGAAGAAGCCCAAUUAGAGCUUAGUAAUGUUAAAGAUAAGCAAGAUAAGAAAGAAACUAAGAAGAAUGAAACGAAAGAAGAACCAUUUUGGUUUCCAGACGAUCUUGGAUCGAACAACAGCGGCUAUUAUACCCUCCAGGCGGUGUUGACUCAUCAGGGCCGUACGAGCAGCAGCGGUCACUACGUGGCCUGGGUACGUCAGAAGGGUGAUACCUGGCUCAAGUGUGACGACGAGAACAUCAGCAUUGUGACGAGCGAAGAGGUGCUGAAGCUCAGCGGCGGCGGGGACUGGCACUGCGCCUACGUCCUUCUUUACGGGCCGCGUAUCCUCGAGCUACCACUCCGCGAGUCCGAGGUACUGGCGAGCGUCGAGGAGUUCACGGAGGUCAUGCCUGUGCAUGACUAGUUCAUGCCUACGUUGCUUUACAUUGCCCUUGGAUUUUUAGCGUAUCUACACUUCUUUUCGCGCGGGCUCAUCGCGAAAAGUCGCUGCUCGUGACGAAGCUUGGUGUAUUAUGAAGGCUCGAGGCCAAUUUCAGCCGCUGAGAGCCAAUAUCAGGGGAGUGACGUGUGAUUUUUUUUUUUUUUUUUU